AUGAACCAGCAAAAAGCUCACAUCUUGAUCUUUCCAUACCCUUCACAGGGACACAUGGUGCCUCUGCUGAAUUUCACCCAUCAACUCUCAAUCCGUGGCCUUGACAUAACCAUAUUAAUCACCCCAAAAAACCUUCAUCUCUUAUCCCCAAUCCUUUCGGAAAACCCAUCUAUUCAGACCCUCGUUUGCCCUUUUCCGGAGCACCCUUCAAUCCCCGCCGGAGUCGAAAACACCAAGGACCUUCCCCUCGAUGCAUUCCGGGCUAUGAUGAUUGCCUUAACCCGGCUUUCCGACCCGGUUAAGCUGUGGUUCCAUUCGCAUCCUUCUCCACCGACGGCAAUCGUUUUCGAUUUCUUUCUGGGUUGGACAAAUGGCCUCGCCGCCGAGCUCGGAAUUCCCGGGUAUGUUUUCUCUCCAUCUGGUGGGUUGGCGUUGUCUGUAAUUUUCUCCCUUUGGCGCGAUUUUCCAAGAAAAGAAAAUCCCGGAAACGAGAAUGAAUUGAUUCAUUUCCCGAAACUCCCAAAUAGCCCAGCUUAUCCAUGGCGGCAAUUAUCCACCGUUUACCGUGAUUACAUAGCAAACGAGAACAACCCUGUUCAUGAAACAAUCAAGGCUAGUUUUCUUUCUAAUUUAGCUAGUUUUGGUCUUGUGAUUAACACGGUAACUGAAUUGGAGAAAACAUAUUUGGAUCAUCUUAAGGAGUCUUUGGGUCAUAACAGGGUGUGGGCUGUUGGUCCUAUAUUGCCACCACCUGAGAAUCAUCAUCAAUCUCAAUCUGUCCCACCUGGAUCUAGUUCAAUUCCAGCUAGUGAAGUUUUAGAAUGGUUAGAUAACUGUAAGGUUGAUAAUUCUGUUGUUUAUGUGUGUUUUGGGACUCAAUUUGCGCUGUCUCGUGACCAAAUGGAGGCUUUAACUUCGGCUUUGGAGAAGAGUGGAGUUAGAUUCAUUUUGUCAAUUAAGGGUCCAACAAAAGGAAAUGAAGGAAGUGAAAAUGAUGAAAUAAUUCCAUCUGGUUUUGAAGAAAGAGUGGCUGGAAGAGGCCUAGUGAACAGGGGUUUGGCGCCACAGUUUGCCAAUGCAACUUUGAUUGUGGAUGAGUUGAAGGUUGGAUGCAGAGUUUGUGAAGGUAAUCAAACCGUGCCGGAUUCGGAUAAACUGGCUGGUAUUUUGGCUAAAGGUGUAGGAGAUUUUGAGGCGGAGAGGAGAAGAGCCCUGGAAUUUCAGAGAGCAGCUUUGGGUGCACUCAAACAAGGGCGAAUUGAAGUUUUUGACGCAUUCUUGCCUCUAGAUACGUGGAAAUCGUUAUUUGAAAGAGUUGUUCAUGAGAUAUCGAAGUUGAUUUAUAAGUAUUUUAGUAUGUUAUCAAUGGCACGUAAUGUAUCAUACAUGCUUAAUUUGUAUCAUACAAAUGAGAAUUACUGGAUUGUUGGCUUCAAUGCUACUAAGCUGUUUUGCGUGGUUUGCAAAUCUCCUAGUUCAUUCCCACAGACCACUCCCAAGCCACUUCUCACUCUGUUGGAUCUCUCAGUCCCUCUUGCCACUUCUGAUCUUGGAGCAGAAAGCCUUGAGAAUGAAUUUGUACUGAAUAACAUGCAUCUCUUCCAGGUUCAGAAAAAAAUUGAGGAAGCUGCAUCUGUUGGUCAAGAUACAGGAUCUCUAGAUGAUGAAGCAUUUAACACUGAAGCAGCUCUUGAUAGAUGCAUCUUGAGGCUUAUUGCAUCAUGUUGCAAUGGUGAUAAGCUUGUGAGAGCUACAGAACUUGUGAAGCUUUUGUCUAUGGAAAAAUCUGUAAGAGGAGCCAUAAAGCUGGUUACUGCAUUGAAGUUGCCAAACUUGGCUGACCGUUUCAAUUGCAUACUGGAGGAAAGGUUAAUGAAUGAAGCGAGAGAAAGCGCAAUCCAUCCAAAAUGUAAUACUCCCCUCCAGGCUCCUGAUUCUUUUUUUCGACCUGCUCUAGCUGAGAGCAGUAAGCAAAAAGAAGACACCGUGUCUCCAUUUCCGCCCCAAAGAUCAUCAUUCACUGCCUGUCAAAGAAAAGGCAUAGAAGAAGAGCAGUCUAAAGACAAAAAGGGUAAAGAACCAAUUCAAGCUACAAAAUCCGAGAAACCUGUGGAGGUGAAGAGUCCUGUGAAACCGAAGAUUCUUAGAGAAGCAACAAGUCUAGCAAAGCAACCCGAAGAUAGCCCCAUAACCUCUAACCGUCCAUCUAAUCCGUUUGCGAAAAAAUCAAACGGGCAAGAAAACUCUUCUCUGUUGAAUUCUCUAAAGAAAAUAAAGACUGAGAACCAGGGGAAAAGAUAA